UAAAUAUCGACGGAUGUGAUUCAUUCGUCUUGUUUUCCACAAACUAUAUAAAUUGUUCGUGGAAAGGCUUUAGUAAUAUACUUCCGCGUUCAGUUAUUUGGUUUUCGAUCUUACAAAAUGAUUUUUUGAUCAGAGUAUUAAUCAUGUCUAAUUCACAACAAUGGGCGCAACGUAUACAUAAUGACAGCAAAGCAGCUACUGAAAAAUUGAUGGAAAAUCGGAAGAGACUGAAAGUUUUUAGAGAUGACCCAGGGAUUAUACAGAAAAAUCCAAAGGGAGCUUUUGACGAAUUCCUCAGAUGUAUGAAUGAAACUGUUGACUUUUGCACCGACAUGAAGAGAAAAUAUGUACCAGAUGCAAAAAACUCCGGAGUUGACCCGGCAGCAUCACGGGAAGUGAAGAGACUGCAGGAAAAGGCGCAGUCCCUCGAGGAUCGGCUAGCGGAGGCCCUGAAGGCGAAGGAUCAGGCUCUCAAUAGAUUAAGUGACAUACAGUGUCGUCUGCUGAAACAAGGGAACCCGGACAUCGCGGAUCUGUCUGACGACAAUCGUCCCACGAACCUUGGGCAGAAUUUCAAGGGCCUGUAUGAAGACGAAUGGACGGACGCUUUAACGUUCCUUACAGAAAGUAGAAAGAAGCGCAUCUCUGACGAGAAAGCCGUUGAAACACUGUAUAAACUGGUCCAGAAGUGUAAAAGUCUGUGCGAAGAAGGGGUGGCGCUACAGUCGGCCAGGGUCGCAGAGCUUGUCAUCAGCCCUGACCUGGCUGGUUCUCCUAUAUCGGACGGACAGACACCAAGUUCCGUCAACCAGCUACCAGCGCAAGCAUUGACACCAAAUCGAGCCCUAAACAUUCCGAUGAAUGCCGCUGGAAGUAAUCCUAUAAGGACAGGGUUUGCAUCUAGUAUGAGCGCAGCCACAAGAAUGCGAGCUGAAGACGUUCAAACCCAACAGUUCUCAAAAACGUUUGUGGUGAGAAGGGACAAGUCAAUCGAGCAACAAGGCCAGGGGAAGGAAAAGGCACUUGAGGGAGCAAUUAAAGACUUUUGCAAGAAUGUAGCCCCCUUGGUCAUCGAACAGUUCAAUAUUGAGACACUGAUUUCGAAAAUCAACAGUACACAAGAGUUCCCCGCUGACAUCUUCGACAACAAAGACGUGAUCAAGUUUUUAACCAAGUGCGUGCGUCUGUGUUGGUUAAUGCAAUCCCAGUACCCGCCCAUGAUGCUUGAUUUCUCCCACAAACCUGGAGAUCCAUCCAACAAGGAUAUUCUGACAGCAUAUUCUGCCCGCGGAACAAGAAUUGCCUUCAUUGUAUGGCCCCCGGUAAAUUUACACAAGGGCGGACCUCUCGUCUCCAAGGGAUACGCAGAAGGAAAGAACCCAUGAAUUGCCUCAAUGACUAUACAUGUAUGUUGUUUUGCUAGCAGGUCUUUAUUUGCACGCGUUUUACAAGAAGUUUGGCUUAAGCUGUUGUCUUAAAAAUAUAUUUAAUUUGUAGUAUCCGUAAAACAGUGUGAGUGAGUGUUUUGUAUUACCUACAGCACAGAGUAAGUGAGUGUUUUGUAGUAUCUGCUACACAGAGUAAGUGUGUGUUUUGUAGUAUCUGCUACACAAAGUAAGUGAGUGUUUUGUAGUAACUGCUACUCUGACUAAGUGAGUGUUUUGUAGUAACUGCUACACAGAGUAAGUGAAUGUUUUGUUGUAUCUACUACACAGAGUGAGUGUUUUGUAGUUACUGCUACACAGAGUAAGUGAGUGUUUUGUAGUAUUUGUUACACAGUGUAAAUGAAUGUUUUUUAAUAUCUGCUACACAGAGUAAGUAAGUGUUUUGCAGUAACUGCUAUUCUGACUAAGUGAGUGUUUUGUUGUUACUGCUACACAGAGUGAGUGAGUGUUUUGUAGGUACUGUUACUCGGACUAAGUGAGUGUUUUUAGUAAUUGCUACACAGAGUAAGUGAAUGUUUUGUUGUAUUAUCAACUACACAGAGUAAGUGAGUGUUUUGUAGUUACUGCUACACGGUGUAAGUGAGUAUUUUGUAGUACAAUGUAUUUGUUACACAGUGUAAAUGAAUGUAUUUUAAUAUCUGCUACACAAAGUAAGUGAGUGUUUUGUAGUAACUGCUUCUCUGACUAAGUGAGUGUUUUGUAGUAACUGCUACACAGAGUAAGUGAGGGUUUUUUUGUAGUUACUGUUAUUGUUUUGUAGUAUCUACUAUACAGAUAAAGUGAGUGUUUUGUAGUUACUGAUACACGGAGUAAAUGAGUGUUUUGUAGUAUCUGCUACGCAGAGCAAGUGAGUGUUUUGUAGUAUCUACUAUACUGACUAAGUGAGUGUUUUGUAGUAACUGCUACACAGAGUAAGUGAGUGUUUUGUAGUAUCUGCUACAAUGACUAAGUGAGUGUUUUGUAGUAUCUACUACACUGACUAAGUGAGUGUUUUCUAGUAACUGCUACACUGACUCAGUGAGUGUUUUGUAGUAUCUGCUGAACGGAGUCAGUGAGUGUUUCGCUAAACUUUGUAGAAACAUAGUGGAGCAUUUAGUUGUGAUACUUAUUCAAUAAUAUGUUUACAUGUCAGUUUAUCCGAUGCAUUACGUAGUGUACAUGAUCAUGUGACGUUGCAUUUAGCUUAAAUAUUAGCCAACAGGGUUUCAACACACUUUUGCGGUUUACUGUUUUUAACAACUUUCUUUGACUUUUGAAGAAAGUGUAAAGUACUGUUUAGGUUCUAACAAUAUUGAAAUACAUUCGUGAAGUGAUAUCGUUGGAAAACACAAAAUACUGACGAUAUAAAAUAGCGAUACUGUGGAUAUUAAGUACGUCGGUUGAUUUGUUGGGUUGGAUGACUUCGAUUUGCUUGCACAAAGUCCAUAUCGCUGGAGGCCGAUGCAAUGACUGAUAAAAUCCCAGAUAUCAACCCAAUUACAUAGUAUAUUACUGCAUACAUUUGACGUAUUUUAAAAUUAAAAAUAAUAACAGGUUUUUUUCACGAACGCAUUUAAUUCGACGACAAACGUGCAAUUUCUUUUGCGUAGUAUUGCGGAUGUAGAUGCGCGCAUGCGCUGUCGUGUUACUGUGUGAUAUGAAAUCAGAAAUAACGUAUGGUAAAUAUCAAAUUUAUGGAAUAAAAUGUGAUGUUUACAAAAUUGUAUUUAGAUUAAACACCACACAUUUAAAAUACAAGUUACAUAUUUGUAUAGUAUUUCUGUUUUGUGGCGAAUUCAAAUGGA